UUUGCAUGGUUGGAUCUUAACAAGGUUCCAAGUAGAGCUUCAACAUGCAACAAGAAGAAGUGGGAGAGAGACAAAAUAUUUUUUGAGUAUGCUAUUUGUUGAAAACAGCGUGUAAACUGAAACAGGCUGUUUUACAGCAAAUCAAACGUUUAGGACCACGUGCCUUUAAAAGGCCAAAUCUGUGCAAAAAUGUGGAUUCAUUGUCCUUUUCUGUCAGGUAGUCACACUGUCAUGACUUUCAGAUGGCAAAGGCAAAAAAACCCUUUGUUUUUGAACUUGGUUGGGUUGUUAAACUGCAUAAGCAGGGUCUUUCACAGCAUGCCAUCGCUGCUGAGGUGGAUGCAGUAAGACAGUCAUUUGGAGUUUCUUAAAUGGUCUCUUAAAUGGUUAUGGAACAAAAACGUAUAUACAUAUACGCACACACACGUGUCCAGAUGAACAGAGUCAACCUUUUGGGAUUUACUUACCUGGAUGACCAACACAAUCUCACUGCAUAUUAAAGAUCCAAGUAUCCAUUUAAGGCCCACAACUGCAGUCACACAACUGUAAGUGUCUGCAUUCAGAACGAAUGCCGUGUAUUCUGUUAGAGGGUAAAAGUACAGCCCUGAUAGUAACUGUCAGUCUGCCAGUGCUGUUGAGUUGUUCCAAACAUCCACACUCUGGACACAAACCUGAUUAGAGACAUUCAUGUGGUCACAGCUUUUCUCUCAGCACCCAGUCAUCUCCACAAUGUUAGUAAAGCUUCUUCUGACCUUCUCUAAAUUCUCUCUUUCAUUUGUCUUAUAGAGCUUGAACCAUGUGGAGCUUCUAUACAAUACAUAAUGAGACCCCCUACACAUUUCGCUACUGUAGCAAGGGGAGAGAGGGUGUGCGUACAGUGCGUGGCAACAGCACAGGAGAGUACCUGCAUGCAUUACCACCAUUUUGGGGCCUUUCCUUUAGAUACGGAGAUCAUUCAGGAAGUGACCUCACUGGUGCAGGUGGUGGCGCUUCGUACACCAUAAGAGAGAGUAAAGACCACAAAGAAUUUGAACUGGUCCACAACAUGUUAGGUAGUGUUGUUGACCGUUGUCCUAACUUUGGCAGAAUUGAUGAAGAGAAACAAGAAUGUGAGAAACACCAACAAGAGCAGCGACACAGGAAAGAAGAAGAAGAGAAAAGGCGUCAGGCAGAGCUUGAGCGACAGAGGAAGAUCCAAGAGCAGAUGGAAAAGAAUGAAGUAUUGAGAGAAAAGCAACGUCAGCAGCACUCUCAAGUUCUACACCAGCUCGUCGCUGAUGUUAAUGAGAAGUUUGAAAAACUUCUAUCAAAGUAUGACAUCAGAGAGGAUGAACAUUUACAGAUCCAGCUGGAAGACAGGAUGAAGACUCUCCAAAAUAAGCUGACAUUACAAUAUUUUAAUGAGCACCCCCACUUCGUCCCCACUUCGUUACUGUGGGCUUUGGAUCAGACUACUGGAUACGUGCUGCUGUCUUUGACUGAGAGGUUCAACGUCCUGGAGGCAGUGCUGAAGGUGACCUUAGAGGGUGACCCUGAUUUUGAAGAUCUCCUCCAAAAUGGACAAGACAAGAAGACAGAGUUCCUCCUCAGUUUGCAGGAACAGCUACAUGCUGACAAUCCAACACUGGCCCAACAGGUGUUAGCAAAUGUUCUGGAUCUGUCCUCAAAGCUACCCCGAUCAGGUAAGGAGAUUAUCAGUCAAAUAGUCUUCAACAACCUCUGGGCACCAAAAGACAUCAAGCUUUUCCUUGGAAAGACCUUAAGCAUGGAUCAGGAAACAGUCAGAAAAAUCCUCCACAAAGCGUGCACAUACAGGCUGAGCUGUGACGACGCUCUCUCUGCCCUGAAUGAAGACGAUCCUGCAGAGUACAUCCAACAUUGUGUGGACAAAGCUGAGCGAGACAAAGAUGCUUGCACACUUUUGGCUGAAAUGGAAAACAAAAACUUUCCAGAGUGUGUCCUGCGAGAAGUCCUGACAUAUAUUGAAGAAGAGCUACCCAAAUAUGGAAGUGUGCCCAUCAACAGGGAGAUGAUUGAAGACUGUAAAAAGAUAAUAACUGCUCUCGAUUUUAACAAUCCUAAGAUUGAUGCUCUGAAGAAAGUCCUGAUCAUCGUAUCCAGAGCUGUAAAGGAUUGCACCGCCUUUACCACUCAAAGCGGUGAACAUGUUCAGGGCUACUUCCCAAGACCCAGUCAGCUGGCAUCACUGCUGCUACUCCUGCUGCCACAGUCUGGGGAUAAGAAAGGUUGUCUGUUGGAAAUCAGCACUGGAGAGGGCAAAACUUGUAUUUUAGCCAUGUUUGCUACAAUACAGGCCACCCGAGGCAUAAAGGUGGACAUCGUGACAAGCUCUCCUUUGUUAGCAAGUCGUGAUCAGGAUAAGUGGAGAAAAUUAUAUGAUAUGUUUGGUAUUACAUCAUCCACGGUCCCUCCAACACAAAUCGAUAGCUGCUCUUUUAAAGAUCAUGACAAGCUGCUUGAGCAUGCAUACAGCCAGCAGGUCGUUUAUGGCACUGUUGGUACAUUUGCAGCAGAUACGCUGAGGCAAGAGUUUGAGAAGGAGACUACCCGAGGUCCGAGGAGGUUUGAGUGUGUGGUAGUAGAUGAGGUGGACUACAUGACGUUGGACAGCGGUGUCCAGGUCACGUUCCUGUCACACCAAGCUGGCAGCCUAAGGCACAUGGAGCAAGUCCUGGCAAGCAUCUGGGCCAUGAUGUCAUCCUGCAAGCCAAUAGAAAUGUUUGAAACGGGGGAGAUCAGGUGGGGAACCAGGAUCCAGCACUUCCACAAGGCUGUAAUGCAAGCAGUGGUUGGCCCAGAAUCAGAAGAUGUUUCAGCUGCUGACAUACUUAUUCUUGGUGUCCAGCUGGGGUUUUAUUCACAGGAGGAUGUGGAUGAAUUAAAUAAAGCAGAUGGUCAGACACAAACAGAGACUGACAGCUUUAAGGAUGCACGGUGGAAAGCUACUGAGAAAAUCAUGGCCAACAUUGGACCAGAAGAACAGUGUGAGCUACUGAGACAAGUUCAGACAAAAAUAGAAAACGGUGCAUCUGUAAAUUGUUACUCACUAAUGAACAACAAAGCCAAACUUUACAGCAAGGACAGCUCUCAUGGAGACCCUGAUGUCAGCCUGCUCCUCCUGGAGAAUGGCUGUACCUGUGAAAUCAUGUCUGAGGAAUCCCUCAUCCAAGGAGCUGUGGACAAAUUAAAAUCAACAAUUAAAUAUUCUGAUGAGUGUUCAGUGAAGUCAUUGGAUGAGUGUAAGGGAUUUAUUGUGAUCCCCUCUUUUUUGAAAACAUACAUUGAGAAUCAGUUACCAGUUUUUGCCGAGAACGCCUUAAAAGCCAUCAGAAUGACUCAGGGAAGAGAGUACAUGAUUGAGAAAGCACCGGAAGCUGACGCAGGUGGUUUCAGUGAUGCUGACAGUCAUCAGUAUGAUGCCAUAAUUCCUGUGGACUUUGAGGCCAGUGGGGUGUUGGAGAAAAACAAGCGAUGGGGUGACGGCCUACAACAGUUUCUGGAGAUGAAGCACCAGCUGGCCAUUUCACAGCUGUCCAAUGUAACAAAUUACAUGUCGAAUGUCCAUUUCUUUAAAAGGUACCUCAAUGGAAAAGGCAUUUUUGGUGUUUCUGGGACAUUAGGGGGGCAAGCUGAGAAAGUAUUUCUCUAG